UUGCUGAGGAGGAUUAGGUCAGAGGUUAGCGUCUGCAGCAUGAUGGCGGUCUAGACAAAUCUUCUCUCUCAACAACAACGGAAAAAACCUCCCGUGCGGCCGUUAAAUCAUCGCGUUAUCUCUCCAAAAUGGCAGCGUACCACUGCUGGGACAGUACCACGCCUGUGGAUCAGGUGCAAGGGUGCAAGCGGCAGCACGAGUAUGCCUUCUCCGUCCAAGAAGACGUGGACCUGGAAUCUGUCAACCCCAAGCGGGCUUGCCAGGGUCUCCUCUCUCUCUUUGAUCCCGACGACACAUCCAUGGACACCGACAUCCAACCAGUAGCCUGGGACGAUCGGCCGGCCGACCAACCUCUCAGCCAACCAAACAUAGACUGUAGCAGUAACCCCACGGCUUUGGACGCCAACCAGAAUGGUGCUAUUUCUCCAAAUCAUCAGGAUGUUGCCGUAGAGAUGGAGGAGGGGCCCACACCGAAACAAACACCACCACACCGCUUCUUCGUGUCAGGCGGUUCCUAUAUGUCACCGGUGCUGCAGCCAGGCACUCCGCAGCCGGCCUGCGGACCAUCUAUCGGCGAGAUGACUCAUCCCUGCAAGGUACCGCACUUCUUCUAGACUGCGCCCGCGACCCAAGCCUUCGCCGGCCAGGGCUUCCUCCCGAUCCCGUACCACAGUCCGGCAUGUGUGCGUUCUCUGUCUGGGUCUGCUCGCCACAUCAACCACCUUUACCUUUACCACUGAAGUGUGACCUCCAGCGUGACACUCAAUCUUUGCCACAGGAUGGCCAUUAGCAUGUCCCCAAAUUAGUGUAUCUUUUCUUACCCAGCAUGUUGGCAGAACGUACCGCACCUGUCCAGAACGCACGGUACACAGGACAUGUACAGAACAUGUACAGAACGUAUUGCUUCAGGUCGUGUUCGUUUGUGUAAGGAUGACGUCCCAUCUGUUGUUUUCCAAUGUGUUGGAAAAGACAUGCAAUGGACGAACUUCUGAUCAACAUUGACCAAACAUCCAAAAGAAACUGUGGUCGUAGUAGUACGGUAUGUUCUGCCAAUGUGCUAUCUUACCCCUAGUACCAUGACCCUUGACUGCCUGUAUCAUCAAACUAACAUGACCAUUGCGCCAAUAUUUUCUCUCCCGGCAUAGAUGUCGCCUCUUCCUCACGUCCUGGGCUACCUGAACCGCAGCCCAUCCUACAACUCCCGUUGUCUACGCUGCACUGCUGGGGAGGGCGGACACUUUAACCAUAUAGAUGUGUAUCCUUGGGAGCCGUACUAGUGACGGACACAUGUAUUAUGUAUAGUUGUGUAUCAAGAUUUACCUUUCACAUAUCCCCGCUGUGUUGUACAGUAAGGUUCUGUUGUCAAAAGGAGAGCUGUGUAAGAGAAGUAGAAGGAUUGAGGAAGGUUGCUAGUGUUACAAAAUCUUGCCAAACCAUGUCAGUUGUGGUUCUACAUAUAUCAUUUUGCUGAAAACUGUCAGCAUUUGAUGAAUGUUACAAACCCACCAAAGCAACAAUUUUUCUCAUUGCUCUUAAAAUCAGAGACUUGUUAUAGAUUAAAAAAAAAUUACAAGCCUAACUCCAAUGAGAGCACUUUGAUAUCCUUGCGUAGACACUAGCAGCAUCUUCAUAUUCUUCCACAAUAUAUCUGACCUUGGAAAGUGAAUGAAGUGUUGGAAAUAAACAGCAUUUCCCAAUGGCCUAAAGCUUGUUGCCCAAAGCCUGUAUGUAGUCAUGCCACAGUUUAGUCUAAACCUCUGCAAAACCCUGAACAUGUAAGUGUUGUACGUGAUAGCUUUGCCAGCUGACAGAGAAAGGCUUGGUUGGCUCAAUGCCAAUAUAGUAAGUGGCCAUGGGCCAUUGGGACAAGUGUAGCUUCUGGCACUACCAAACGAUGUUGCAGACAGUUGAAAUGUUGCCAGGAUUGUACUUAAACUAUCGCUCGUGUACGUGUGUCAACCCUUUCUAUAUGGUACAGAACAUCUGUAUUUUUAAGUGAAAAGUGAUAACUCAUAGUCAUACAUUUUCUGCUAAACAGAAAUCUCAGCCCACAUUUUGUAUGUUUUUUACUUUUGGUACUGAAAAGUAUUUUGUUAGAUCCAAGUCUUUUAUAUAGUUACCACACCUGAUAUAUUUAUUGUUACCACCGACAACAGGCCUACCAUGGAUUAGACACUUGUUAGAGUUAACCUAAGGAAAAUUCACCAGAUGAAAAAACAAAAAAACAACUAUCAUCUUCAACUUUCCUAGAGUUUUCCCUAAGUUGACUCUCUUAAGUGUCUUGCAGUCUAACCUUAUCUCAAGGAUUUUGAUACUGCACAGACAACCUCAACCGGAAUGCCUUUAGCCUGCAUUGAGAACACUUUAUAUUAGUGAGAAAACAUCAACACUCACAACCAGGUUCUGCAUUGCCCUGGGAAAUUGUUUGUGAACUACACAAUGUAUGUAAGAACAAUUACAUUUUACAAAGAGAAGCUGAUCACAAUCAAUCAGUAUUUUACACUCAAAUAUUAGAUGCAGAUCAGAGAGGAAUUAUUGUCUUAAUCAUAUCAAUUUUGUGGGGGAUUCCAGUUGUGUAAGAUCAAUUUUCAGGAACUUUUUGACCGUUACAGCACUACAAUCAUUCAUUAAGCAAUGUCAAGUGUUACAGUUUAGUUCAAACGUUUUUAUGUUGUGAUGAAUAUUGAAAAAUUAAGUACACAUUUGAUGCUAUGAAAUGAAAGCUCUAUUUGAUUUACGUACAUUUUAGCCAAUGUAAUUAGAAUGUCCAACCUUCUGGGCAAUGAGACUUUGCAAAUAACACUGAUUUUGGUGCCAUGGUAUUUAAGCAAGCAUAGACCUCUGCACAAGUUGACAGAAGUUGGUCAGUUUAUAGUAUACCUUUUUUUAGGUCAUAUUGAGGUGCACUUGCCAGUUAUGUACUUACAUUGUAGCUACUAGUAUUAUUAAGAAAGCAUGGAAGCAAUACAAGGCAAUAAGAUGGAUAUCCAACUUGGAAAGCUCAGUGUAGUGUGCAGUGUAUCACUGUCAAUCUGCUAUAUGGUCCUCAGUGAACUGUAAGUGUUGUACAGUAAGUGUUAGAGGGCAGUGGCUGUUUUAAGCACUUAAGAGGUUUGUUUUGUGCUAUUUUUUUAAAAGUAUUUAGGGAGGCCCAUGGAAUGGUAGUCUCAGGUGCUAGCCUUUAGUAGAGCAUUUGUUUUAGAUUUACAUGUACUUUUGCGUAGACCCCAGAGUUUGUUGAACAUAUAUUUCUAGGUAGUCUAGUACAGUGUAUAGAAAGUGUGUCUUAAGAGUUUAUCAUAUACAUAUAUUAGUAAAGUCUAUGUAGUUUCUAGUUGGUUGGUGGAGAAACCAUCCAAAGUACUGUUUAAUGGAAAAAACAACAACAUUCCAGUCUGUUUGUUGAAGUUGUCAUUGAGAGACUAUCACUAUAUACUAGUAGUAUCAGUGUUAGUACUAUGUUUUGUAUAGUAUACAGUGUUUUAGAAUGCAGUAGUGCAAUUUUUGAGAAUUUGCAAAUGAUGGAUGUAAACUGUGCGUAACAGCACACUGUAGUUUUCUUAUUCAAGUGAGAGCUGUGUGUUUUGGUGUAAAUGUAUUAUAUAUACCCUCUUGUUGUACCAAAUAAAAUUUGAUAAGUUUCA